AGAUUUGUUGGAAAAUUGAAAAUCAUUGUGAUAGUUGUGGAAGUUGGAAAUUGUGAACGGUUCAAAUAAUUAAAUAUAGUAGAAUAUGUUUCAAGAAGCUCCCCCGUUAUGGCAAAAUGGCCCAGCUCCUGGAAGCUUCUAUAACUUUCCAAACACUCUCUUCAAUAAACUGAAGAAUUCCCCAUCAGAUGCUUUCACACAUUCACAAUCUCCUGUUACUACAGCCACCUCGAUUGUUGCAUUAGUAUACGACAAAGGAGUUAUUAUUGCUGGUGAUCUUCUAGGAUCUUAUGGUUCUUUGGCCCGCUACAGAAAUUGUCCGAGAGUAUUGCGGAUAAAUGAUAAUAUUAUAUUGGGAGCUGGUGGAGAUUACGGUGAUUUUCAAUAUGUGAAAGCUCUGAUCGACCAGAAGAUUAUUGAUGAAGAAUGCCUUGAUGAUGGUGUGAAAUUGAAGCCGAAAUCCCUCUAUUGCUGGUUAACUAGAGUUAUGUACAAUAGACGAAGCAAAUUCGAUCCAUUUUGGAACAAUUUUGUUGUAGGAGGUAUUCAAGACGGAACUCCAUUUUUGGGAACUGUAGAUAAACUUGGUACAGCAUAUGAAGAUAAAAUUAUAUGUACAGGAUAUGGAGCCCAUAUUGUAACACCAAUGAUUCGCGAUGCAAUGGAUAAAAAUCCAAGCUUGAAGAAAGAGGAUGCUAAAGUUUUGAUUCACAAAGCCCUUGAAAUUCUCUUCUAUAGGGAUGCUAGAAGUUAUCCAAAGUAUCAAGUUGCUACCAUUGAUGAAGUUGAUGGUGUUCAAAUAGAUGGACCACUUGAUGUCUCUCAAAAUUGGCAUUUGGCUAACCUGAUCCACUGAGAUACAUUUUGUAUUAAUUUUUAUUUAAGUAAUUAAUAAAACUUUAUUAACAUA